AUCGACAGAUGCAUGUCUAUUAACAGAGGCAGAGGACUUCGCUGCAUUUAACUCACAGCCAGCAGCAGCAGCAGCAACGCCGCAGCUGAGCUUAACAGAUCAGAGAGUACAGGCGGCAAAGGCUGCUAUCGCUCGUUUGUAUGCUGCUUCAAAUAACUCAGGGUUUGGAGAGCAAACAAAGACAUCUGUGCAGCCGCAGGGUUUAGGGGGCCUGAGCUUCUUUAACACCCCGCAGCAGCAGCAGCAGCAGCAGCUGCAGCAGCAGCAGCAGCUGCUGCAGGGUGCAGCAGGAGCAGCAAACUGGGCAGCUUGGGGUUCAGGAAGUAGCCCUGCUGCAGCACCAGCAGCAGCAGCAGCACCAGCAGCAGCAGCAGCAGCAACUCCUACUUGGCCUUCAGCCUUCGGUGCAUCUUCAGCUGUCUCCUCUUCGCUCGGCUUUAAUUCAUUAUCUUCUGCAUUUAGUUGCCCUGCUGCUGCUCCUGUUGCAGCAGCGCAGCAGUUGCCUACAACUGCAACAGCAGCACCAGCAGCAGCAGCAGCAGCAGCAGCAGCAGAUCCGUGGGGUGCUUGCGGCACACGACUGAGUGGUCAGGGGAUGAGCAGCCCCGCACAGAUCAAUAUCCCUGAUAGUAACAGACAGGUAUAG